AUGCCAAAGCAGGCUGUCUCCUAUCAACCAUUAUUGAGUCAUCACGCAUUACAUGAGCAAUCUCAACCCACCAUCGUCCAUGUUUCAAUUCAUAAUAAACCUUCUGCGAUUAAAUCUGUGGCCACUGCUGAAUUACACGCAUCCCUUAAACCUGUCGUCGUCACUCACGAUUCUUUAAUGAAGCCGCUUGCAUCAGUUGAAUCAAUCUACCAUGUUGCAUCAUCUAAACCUUUUGUCACUCAUAAUCUUUUCGAACCAAUUAAACAGGCUGUCAUUCAUAAAUCUUUAAAGAUCAAGCCACAUGCCACGCAUAAACCAGCAACCACUAAUAAUGAGGAAUCUAUUCCUUCUGUUGAAGAAUCACUUAAAUCAGUUCCCACGCAUAAACCUUUAAUUAAACCAUAUAAACUUUUGAUUAAACCUGUUGCUACUCACAAACCAUCUUUUGAAUUAUUUAAACCUCUUGUAACACCUUUUCCUCAAUCAAUGAAUUCAAUUUUGAAUCCUUCUGUUAUGUCUAUCGCUAUUACAUCAUCAUCACCUGAAUCACCCAUAUCACAAGCAACAAACACAAUAUCGUCUCAACAUUUUCUAGCACAAGCUGAUACUCUAGUCUCAUCGACAACUUUUCCAUACAAUGAAUUCUCGUUUCCUACUUUGGAAACAUCGACAUCAUCCGAGUUUACGAAUACUAUGACAGAUUCAUCAUCAUUUAUUACCCCAAUUAAUAACGAUAACUCUAAUGUGUUGUUAUUAGCUUCAAUGACGAAAGAAAAUAUAUUGCCAGCUACAAUUAAUGAAAUACCAACUGAAAGCUCUAGCGGAAUCCGCGUUGAUCCCGAAGAUGAGUAUCCUAUUUGGCUAGUUACUACUAUCAUGGGAUUAAUUGCUGGUGUAUUUGUAUUCUAUAUGAUUUAG